AUGGCGCCGCACGGAGUCAAGUUAGACACCCUCAAGCAGUGUCUCGAGUUCCUGCAGUGGUUGCAUAAAGAUAGUGGUAAGCAAGGGGAGGUGGCCAGUGAGCUGUUCAAACGCAUCAAUCCAUAUUACACUACCAACUAUCUUAAUGUGCGGGACGUUAAAGAGGGCUUGUCCAAAUUCCUCUCCGCCGUGUCAGAGUUCUAUACGAGGUUAAGCAAAGACCCAGCACCCGGAAACUAUAACAACAGGAGCGCGGACCAAAUAUGCAACGACCUCCUUGACUGUGUCCCUAAAUUCCUCGCUGCCAUAUACUUUUGGAGUACUGCAUCAAUAAUACCUUCAAAUCGCUGGGCGGCGGUGGUUGGGAAAAAGAUAGGCCAGGAUAUGAGAAGCAUUGGAGGUCCUAUGCUUCAAGCGGUGGUCACCUGCAGGAAUACCUCAGAGCAACAGUCGACGAAGAAAAGUACAGCCAAAUCCCCGGCUUGCUACCCGGUGGGUUCGGUAAAGACGAGCGUUUUCGUCACCUCAGCUGUUGCAGACACUGGCACCCAGAUUCCGAACACCGCGAACGCUCUCUCGUUGGUUAGAACCCUUUGCGACAUUGUUCUUGGGGAGCCAACUGAAGGAGGCGGAAGUCUGAAAGUAGCGUUGGAACAUGGCCUUCAAAGGUUAGUGCCCCCAAAAUCCAUAUGCUGGAAGGACUUAAGAGAACAUUGCGUUCAGCUUAGGGGAAAACUCCACAAACUCUUCAACACUCCGAAACGCUUCGACUUCACAGGCCAGUCGACAGGUACCGACAACCUCAAUAAAGAUGAGUUGGCGAAGCACACAGCAGAUUGGUUGAGAGGGAAGCUGAUUUGGGUGCGGGGCAAUUUGGUGAAUAUUAAAACGGAUGCAUCUGCGACCAGUGAUCUUGGUGCGUACUUCACCCACAAUUUCUUCCCCUACGGAUUCACUUUUGAGAGCAAAACCCGCUUUGGAAUGUCGGACAAGGAUGUGCGGGCUUUGUUGGGGGAUCUGUCCAGUGUAAUCGAUGAGCUCCGUAAUUCCGGUGUCGGCGAUUUGGAUAGGCUUAAAGAGAUUUUGAAUGGUCAGAAUAAAAUACAGUGUCAAGAUCCCCCGCCUCCACCUACAAAGCCUGAGGCCCCGCCUGCCAAGGUCCCUGAGGGAGCACAGAACCAGGGGAAGAAACCUGAGGGAGCACAGAACCAAGGCAAGAAGGCAGAGGGAGCACAGAACCAAGGCAAGAAAAGUGAGGGAAGUUCUCCAGCGUCAACGGUUGUAAAGUCUGCUCCAGGUCCGCCUGCCGGUGAUCACGGAGGUCAAGGCCAGCCGGGGGCUGCCGGAGAAAAAGGCCCGGCAGGGCCUCCGACGUCUUCUUCGACUCCAACUUCACCAGUUGGAAAUGAUGUUCAACAUCAACAAAAUGCUACACUCCCACCAGCACAUCCCCCUCCAACAUCUCCCCCCAGUGCUCCAGCAGGCCCUGGCAUCCCUGAGUCCACUAGUCAGCCAGGUCCCCCGGUUCAGGGUUCGCCGGAAGAUGGUUCUCCAACUAUACAGUCUGGUCCCUCUCAAGCCCCUGUGCUCACUCAGCCUCCGAAUGUUUCAGGGUCAGGCGCUGGGUCAACUGGAGGUCAGGGGACUGGUCAUCCAGGUGGUCAAAAUGGUAGUCAACCGACAAAUCAAGGCGCUGAUUCAAUAUCAAGCAGCGGCGUUACUCUGUCGGGUGCCCCGGCGGCUGGUGGAGGUGGGAGCGGAUACGCAUACUACAUCGAGCCGUGUUAA